AUGACUGGCGCGCGGAUCCUGCAGAGCCUUUGCACGCUGGCAGACCUUCUGGAGGAGGCCAAUGCCGCAGAGGCAUCUCGCGUCCGGCGCCUGGCCGCGCGGCUGCGCGGGCAAAGCCGUGCGAGCCGCGAGGCGGUGAUUGCCGCCAUCACGGGGGAGUUGUCGGAGGAGUUCCUGCUCGCGCAACUGGCAAGCUUGAGGAGCCGUGUGCCAGCUGCGCCCAGCCCGAGUGCGAGCCCGCCAAAGGGCGCUGCGAAGCAUGUGGUCUUGAACUGCGCCAACAUCGGCUGCACCUACGGACAGGAGGUAGAGAGGCGCCAACGUGGGAACCGAUUCUCUUGGGCGGGCGUGGAAGACGCAUGCCGCUUCUACCUGGAGAGGGGCUACGUAGUCCACGCGGUGGCGAACCAACGUCUGCUGCAGCGUGCGGGGCGCGACGUGUCGCAGAGGCUGUCCGCGGCGCUGGUGGUGGUCCCCUCUCGUGACGAGAUGCCGGACCUCGACGACCUGGCGACCAUCAUCGAGGCCUACAAGUGGCGCUGCCCCUUUGUAGACAACGACAACUACCGGAACUGGAGCCCGCGCAUCUCGACGGAGGAAGUGGCUAAAUGGUACAGGGAGAACAAGGCCAAGCUGCACAUCUCCUACUACUUCAGCGGCGCCAGCUUCACCCCGUUCCAGGGCGAGCCCCCGCGCCAGGCAUCUGCUGAAGGCAAUGAGGGUAGCCAGGCGUCCAGGCCGUCGACAGCUCCUCAGCCUCGCUCUCUUCGGCCUCCGUGGCGAAUCCCGCGCCCGGCAGCUCCGGCAUCGUUGCCUUCGGCACUUGGCAAGCGGCCGGAGGCAUCAGAGCCGUCGAUGGCGACUCACAAGCGCCGCAGAGAUGAGGCGAGCGCGCCCGCGAAGCAGGCGCCGGCGGCUUCGGGUUCGGCGGCUUCGGCGGCUUCGGCGCCUUCGGCGCCGCCUUCGGCGCCGCCCAAGUGGAAGGUCCUGAAGCUCACCCCUCUGUGGCCGCGCAAACACGACGACGAUGCCUCUUUGCGGCCCCUGCGCACGCUGAAGCCAGGGGAGCAGUUCCGUGCCAUCUCCCAGCUGCCGGCAGAGGGCUACCCCCUGUGGCUGGCCAUCGCUCCCCGGGGGUGGAUCAAGGUGGCGCCUCUGGCCGAGCCCAACGUGGUGCCCGCCUGA